AUGGCUGGUUGCGAAGCGCUCCGGUCCUUGAGGCUUCUCUCGCGCACUUCAAGUGGUCUUUUGUCUGGACCCGAGAAUAUCACGCGACGAUGCCUUGUUCGAUCAAUGGCAACAGAGGCUCAAACCAAUGCCUCAUCUACUCCCAAUGUCACCCGCUCCUCGCCUGCUCCAUGGGACCUCCCUGUCUCGGUCAUGACCUACAACUUCCCUUCCAUGGAACCCGCCAGCUUAGUGGAAUACUCUCAAAAACAACUUCAGAUGCCUAUGCGUAAAGAUAUUCUCCACCGUGCAGUCGUAUACGAAGGUGACAUGACCCGCCAGGGUACCGCCAGCACCAAGUGGAGGGACGACGUGCACGGCAGCCACAGGAAACUCAUUACACAGAAGGGAUCUGGACGUGCUCGUGUGGGUGAUAAGCAGUCACCGAUCCGAAGAGGUGGUGGUGUUGCACACGGUCCUCACCCUCGUGAUUUCUCGACCGAACUUCCCGCCAAAGUCUACGACCAAGCCUGGCGCACAGCUCUCAGCUACCGGUUCUCGCGCGGAGAAUUAAUCGUUAUCGACAAUACGAUCUCUCUUCCCCAUGAUUCUACACCAUUUUUGCUGCAAAACAUUCUCCUGGCGAAUGGCUGGAGUGCCAGAAAGGGCCGUUCGACAUUCAUCACAGAGAAGGUGGAUGAGGAGUUGUUCGACAAGGUGUCAAAGUUGCACCGCUAUGCCACUAUUAUGGACCGCAGUGAUGUGGAUGUGAAGAAUCUGCUGGAGACCUCGCGGUUGAUUAUUGAGAAGACGGCGCUGGACCGGAUCCUGAAGGAGCACUCGCGGGAUCUGUUGAGUCGCCCGGCGAAGGCACUCUACGUUUGA